CGAAAACUCGGAAAAAAUGAAAACGAAAAGCUUUCCCUUUAUAUUUUGUUCCUUUUCCAUUUCUGUCCAAAAGAAGCUUUUGAGUCCACAAUGACGUGCUCCACGUUUGUGCUCAAAGCAUAUUCCAUUUUAUUUCUUUAACCAAACUUCACGUUCUCACACUUCACCGAAAAAUCUGAUUGAUUCGCCUGCAAUUCCUGGAUCUAAACGGCCUCAAAGAAGUCUGUUUUGUUUCUGUUUUAGGUUGUUGAGUAAAAGCAUUAUUUUGCUGCUAAACACCUUAAAUCAGUUGGGGAGGUUUGAAGCUCCUACAUUAGAUAUUAGACAAAGUAAAGAUGAAGAGCGAUUGGUUAUCUUCCAUGGGUUCUGAUGGAGUUCAUCCUGACAUCUUUUCGUUGGAGCCAUUUGUAUUUCAUAACCUUGGGUCUCAUUUAUUUUCACAGCUACAUUCAUUUGCGGACAAUUCUAUUUACCAGUCGAGAAACUUAUAUGUGCCGGGAAGUUUGGCUCUUCAAGAGGCAUUUAAUCGUAUAUCAGGAAUUGCUGGUGCUUUUUUAGUUUGGUUCUGUAGUGGAACCAACUCAAAGAUAUCCCGGGAUAUAGCAGGUUCUCAAUUUAGAAGUAGCGGGGCUUCUAUGCAGGUCAAGCCUAUGUCUUCUGUUGGACAUAAUCUAGUUGGGUUUCACUUCAGCUUUAGAUCAGAAAGAAAAUCUAUUGCCCCCGUGGCCUUAGCCAAGAUUUCUAGUUCUGCAAUGAGGCUACUUUGGAGAGAAGUGAAAAGGCUUCAAUCAAAUCCUGUGCUGUCUCUAGCUGCAGUAUUGGUACCACCAAUUCAAAACUUAUCAUCAACGGUGCUGACCGGUCCACUUGAGAAUACUGAGGUGUCAAUGCAUGGAGGCAAGGACCAAAUCCCUUGUGAGGUUAAGAAAAAGGGAUGUGCUCAACUAUCUUUUCCUGAAUUGAACCUGACGAAGCAUGUGGUUGAGCCUAAAACUGGCAUUGAGUUUCCCAUGAUCUUGAACAAUGUAGUAGAUGAAGAGCAGGAUGUCAACUUAAACUCUGAGGUCCUGGUUGGAACUGGGUCCAGAACCAUGACAAUAGUUAAAAUCAAGUCUUUAAAGAUCUAUGCAUUUGGUUUUUAUGUUCAUCCUCACUCCCUCUGUGAGAAAUUGGGUCCAAAAUAUGCAUCAUUUUCUGCUGGUGAGCUGAAUAACUCCCAUGGUUUCUACAAGGAUCUUCUUAGGGAGGAUGUUGAAAUGACUGUGAGGCUUGUCGUGAAUUGCAAGGGGAUGAAAAUCAACACCGUGAAAGAAGCUUUUGAGAAAUCCCUUCGAGCUCGCUUAGUUAAGACAAAUCCAAGUACAGAUUUUUGUUGCCUGAGGAAAUUUCGUUCAUACUUCACACAAGAUAUUCCAUUACCUUUGGGGACAACAAUCAAUUUUCGACGGACAGCUGAUGGAUGUCUGAUUACUGAAAUUGGAGGGAAUCACAUUGGAAGUGUCCCCAGCAAAGAUUUAUGUCGGGCCUUCUUUGACAUGUACAUUGGGGAUGAACCUGUAUCUGAGCAAACAAAAGAAGAGAUUGGCAAGAACGUUGUUAAUAUCAUUAGAAGGUGUUGAAAUGGCUUCAUUUUCGACCUCCAAUUGUCUUGGUUUUUGGAAUGGACAAUUGGCAACCGGUGGCAUAUACCAUCUGGUUGAUGGCAUGAGCAGUGGCUAUUCGAAUAUGGAAUUAGAUCUGCCUUUAAAGUUUAGAUCAUGAUUUGGGGUUACACUGGACGGUCAUGGCUUAUACUUUUCGAGGUUUGCCCCCUUCUUCAAAUUUGAUUGUCACUCAGUUAUUCUUUUUUUAGAUCAAUUGAGGGUAAGCAUUGUUUCCCCGCCCACAUACUAGAUGUAUAAUAAUUUUAUUGAAAGAAAAGAGGGUAGUGAAUCACUAGUAUCACUCGUUGUGCUUAGCUGAAAGCAAUAGGCCGAGGUGAUGGUGAGGCUCUGAACCGUUGAUGGGACCUGGUUCAUUGACUCUGAUAUGCAACAUGCAUCUGUUCUUUUUGAUUACUAUCUUGGUCUUGCCCACCUCUUUAUACAUGGAGGGGUUUAGCACUUCAGCAGCAGCAAUGGAGUUCAUAGGUAUAUGAAUCCAUGGCACUGAUUUUUCAGUGAAAUUGGAUAAAUAUCGUGAAAGCAAAUGAAAUUUUUUAUGGCAUGACCAUGGAUGAGAAUGGAAUGGACGCAGCGAGGUGGAACAUGAACAGCUUACCUGGGCGACCUCUUUUAGAAACAACUUGCAACUAUUGAAUAAUUUUAGCUAUUUCUCGGAGACUGUUUGCUAAGCGGUUUGAAGAAAAUUAGGGAGUCUGUUGGCAAUGGCAUCUGUCAAUGGUUUGGUAAUUGAUAGGCAGCAACGUGUGUGCACUCUCCAAUUGGGCUUAAGUUAUUAUGAAUUUAGGACCUGGGAGAAUGAUAAUUAAGAGAAUUAAUGUAAAUGUAAAACAAGGGUCAGUGUACAGUUGAAACUUCAAAAUUUACCACUUAAACUACUGUAUUUAAUUGUCA